UGUAAUAGAAGAAGAAUAUCGUAAACCUAGCUAUUUGUCUUGAUUUGCUUGGUUCGAAAACGGACUUAAAAUAUCGGCUGCAACAAAUAUGCCAGCGGUUUCUAAGGGAGAUGGAAUGCGAGGCCUUGCAGUUUUUAUCUCUGACAUAAGAAACUGUAAAAGUAAGGAGGCAGAGAUUAAAAGAAUUAACAAAGAGUUAGCCAAUAUUCGCUCCAAGUUUAAAGGAGAUAAAGCUCUGGAUGGUUACAGUAAGAAGAAAUAUGUGUGUAAGCUGCUCUUCAUUUUCCUGCUGGGCCAUGAUAUCGACUUUGGUCACAUGGAAGCAGUCAACCUCCUCAGCUCCAACAAGUACACAGAGAAACAGAUAGGCUAUCUGUUCAUCUCAGUGCUGGUGAAUAGUAACAGUGAUUUGAUCCGGCUCAUCAACAAUGCCAUCAAGAACGACCUGUCUAGUCGGAACCCCACUUUCAUGAACCUGGCCCUGCAUUGCAUCGCCAAUGUGGGCAGCAGAGAGAUGGCAGAGGCCUUCGCUGCGGAGGUGCCGCGCAUCUUGGUGGCAGGGGACACAAUGGACAGUGUGAAGCAGAGUGCAGCCCUGUGUUUACUGCGACUCAACAGGACUUCUCCAGACCUGAUCCCCAUGGGGGAGUGGACCUCUCGCGUGGUGCAUCUGCUCAACGACCAGCACCUGGGGGUGGUGACUGCUGCAACAAGUCUUAUAAUAACUCUGGCUCAGAAGAACCCAGAUGACUUCAAGACCUCCGUUUCUCUGGCUGUGGCCAGACUCAGCAGGAUUGUUACAUCCGCGUCCACAGACCUGCAGGACUACACGUAUUACUUUGUUGCUGCCCCUUGGCUGUCAGUCAAGCUCCUUCGCCUACUGCAGUGCUAUCCACCACCAGAGGAUGCGGCCAUUCGUGGACGUCUAACUGAAUGCCUGGAAACAAUCCUGAACAAGGCCCAAGAGCCUCCCAAGUCCAAGAAAGUGCAACACUCCAAUGCCAAGAAUGCUGUGCUGUUUGAAGCAAUCAGUCUCAUCAUCCAUCACGACAGUGAACCCACAUUGCUAGUACGCGCGUGUAAUCAGUUGGGUCAGUUCUUGCAGCACAGAGAGACUAACCUCCGCUACCUUGCUCUGGAGAGCAUGUGCAUGCUCGCCAGCUCAGAAUUCUCCCACGAGGCUGUCAAAACACACAUUGAGACUGUGAUCAAUGCUCUUAAGACUGAGCGGGAUGUGAGUGUGAGGCAACGUGCCGUCGACCUUCUCUACGCCAUGUGUGACCGGAGCAACGCCAAGCAGAUCGUCGCAGAGAUGCUCAGUUACCUAGAAACCGCAGACUACUCAAUCCGGGAAGAAAUCGUCUUAAAAGUGGCCAUCCUUGCGGAGAAAUAUGCAGUGGACUAUACCUGGUACGUAGACACCAUCCUAAAUCUGAUCCGUAUUGCUGGCGACUACGUGAGCGAGGAGGUGUGGUACCGAGUCAUUCAGAUAGUCAUCAACAGAGACGACGUUCAGGGCUAUGCUGCCAAGACUGUUUUCGAGGCCCUGCAGGCUCCUGCCUGUCAUGAAAACCUGGUAAAGGUGGGAGGCUACAUUUUGGGCGAGUUCGGUAACCUUAUCGCUGGAGACCCACGCUCUAGUCCACUCAUACAGUUUAACCUGCUCCACUCAAAGUUCCACCUGUGUUCAGUUCCUACGCGGGCGCUGCUUCUCUCAGCUUACGUAAAGUUCAUCAACCUCUUCCCUGAGGUAAAGGGCACCAUACAGGAAGUGCUGCGUGCCGACAGUCAGCUUCGCAAUGCUGAUGUGGAGCUGCAGCAGCGCGCUGUGGAGUACCUGCGCCUGAGCUGCAUCGCUAGCACAGACAUACUGGCCACAGUAUUGGAGGAGAUGCCACCUUUCCCUGAGAGAGAGUCCUCCAUAUUGGCUAAACUUAAGAAGAAGAAGGGUUCUGGGACUGUGUCUGAUAUGGAAGACAGUCGCAAGGAGCGCAGUACCAAUGUGAACGGAAGCAAUGAUCAUAUCGUGGCCAACACAAAUGUCAAGCACGCCCCUCCCUCUUUCGUUUGUGAUCUAUUGGCUACAGCCCCUCUCCCAACCAACAGACCACGCCCCAUUUCUUCCAUUUCCCUUCUGCACACACCCCUCUCCCCCUUGUCACCGCAGGCUUAUAGACUUCCCACUUCAGCGCCUGCUCCGACCUUCUUCCAGGUUACUACAUCCCCCUCCUCAGAUCUCCUGGGCCUGGGCCACACUCAGGCAGCAGCCCUGAACUCAGCCAGCCCCCCUGUUACUUCCAACGCAGCCAGUCUGCUGGUGGACGUGUUCACAGAAAGCCUUCCUGUUGUGCCUCCAACAUCAAUCAUUGAGGAAAACUUCUCAAGGUUUGUUUGUAAGAACAAUGGAGUCCUAUAUGAGAACCAGCUUCUACAGAUAGGCCUAAAAUCUGAGUUCAGACAGAACUUGGGUCGCAUGUAUGUGUUCUAUGGAAACAAAACCACAACACAGUUCCUGAAUUUCUCUGCCUCUCUGGUCUGUCAAGAUGCCCUUAAUACUCAGCUGAAUAUUCAUACAACACCUGCAGACCCUGUAGUAGAUGGUGGCGCCCAACUUCAGCAGGUCUUUAACAUCGAGUGCCUGUUGGACUUUGUGGAGGCACCAGUGCUCAGCGUUCAUUUCAGGUACGGAGGAAGUAUGCAGAAUAUCUCCAUUAGACUGCCCAUCACCCUCAACAAAUUUUUCCAGCCCACUGAGAUGACAUCGCAAGAGUUCUUUCAGCGCUGGAAGCAGCUUGGCGCUCCCCAGCAGGAGGUGCAAAAGAUCUUCAAAGCUAAGCAUUCCAUGGACACAGAGGUCACAAAAGCUAAGAUCAUUGGAUUUGGAACAGCACUGCUGGAUGGAGUAGAUCCAAAUCCAUCUAACUUUGUGGGUGCUGGUGUGAUCCACACCAAGACUAUACAGGUCGGCUGCCUGUUGAGACUAGAGCCAAACACACAAGCACAGAUGUACCGACUCACACUGAGGACCAGUCGAGAUACCGUGUCCCAAAGGCUCUGUGACCUGCUCUCAGAUCAGUUCUGAUUGUGCCAAAGGUAUCCAGUCAUGCCUGUGUUAGCAGGGCUAUCAUCUUCAAGCAGUUCUUCUGCUCUGUGAAAGCAUACUGCGAUAUGUAUACCCUUUCCUCUGCUUGCCCAUCAACACUCCUGAUGGUCUGACUGACCUUUUGAAGCAUCUCCCACCCCUCUGCUCCCCUUCACAUUUAUCUCCAUAUAAAUCAAUAUUAACACAGUGUACAGUGUAAAGUUCCUGAUGCUUUUAUAUUUUUCUCAUAUAUAAAUUGCCCUUAUUCUCCACACAUUUAGCUUGCCUAAUCCUUAAUUGCUUAAAUCAGGUUCCUAUAUACAGAUUCUAUUAUAUAUUUGAGGGUGUGUUGCGGGGGUUUUUUUUGUGUGUGUGUGUGUUUUUGUUUUAUUUUCUACCACCUUCUUCCCACCUCAAAUCCAUAUGGCAGGUUGUGGUAAAUUAGAACAAUGGUUAGUAAAGUAAGUUCCUCCUAUAGGCAUUCCUCAGCCCAAGCAGAAGUGGGCUGGAUGGAAUUAGCUCCUGCCUGAUGUUACAAAACUUGACAGUAGUCACUCCAGUUAUUCAAAACAAGUGCCUUUGUCUAGUACAUGUAGAACUCUGUGUCUUGUGGAGAGAUUUGCUGCAGAGAGAGCUCACUUGCUUGAAGCUGCAUUCAUGUAGAAUAGAUACAUUCUCAGGGGACAGCAGCAGCUUUGCCUGAAACCUCAUUCCAAAUCCAUGGACUAAACCAGUGAUGAGAGUUUGAGUUCAAUAGGCUUCACCAGAGGCAAACACUCUGUGUACCUGACUAUCCUGGAAGCAAAGAAUUGUACCUGCUUGUGUUGCAGGGCUUGUACAUUAACCUGUGUCUGUGUACUGGCUUGGUCACUGCCAGCUCUUCAUGUGCCUUCAACAUGUGUUUUUCUUCUGACUGAUGUAAACGUGGCUGUAUGACCGUGUGUUUGUUGUCUGCAUCUGAGAGCAUGAACUGAUCACAACCAUAUGAUGGGGUUUCACCAAUUAAAUUACAUAACUUGUUUCA